UCUCCCUGUAGGCCUGAUCUUCGAAGAGCCCGCCUGGGGCUUCUGGUAAGAGUUCGCCAGAACGUUGUUGCUCGGUGGCGACCGUAAUUCGGAGCUGUGCUGACUGACGCUGCAGCGGGUUACCAUGGCCCUGCGGGGCGUGUGGCUCGUACGCCCCGAACCGGGAACUGCGCUCUGUGGCUCCGUGAGAUUCUCCAGACGGUAUCCAACUGUUGAAAAACGAGCUAAAAUCUUCAAUGGAGUGAGUUAUGUGCCUGUUCCUGAAGAUGGUCCUUUUCUUAAGGCACUACUUUUUGAACUUAGAUUAUUGGAUGAUGAUAAAGAUUUUGUGAAACGUUGUGACAGUUGUUCACGCAUCAAUAAAACAUCCGUCUAUGCGCUUGCAAUAGGAGGCGAAGAGCUCUGGCCAGUUGUUGCAUUUCUGAAGAAUGGCAUGAUAUAUGCGAGUGUUCCGCUAGUUGAACAGACUCUGUCCCCUCGCCCACCACUAGUUAGCCUUAGUGGAAUUUCACAGGGCUUACAGCUCCUUUUCGGUAUACAGGAUUUUCUGUCCUUAGGUCAAAAAAGUGACAGUGAGCUAAAUACAAAAUUGAGCCAGCUACCUGACUUGCUUCUACAGGCAUGUCCAUUUGGUACUUUAUUGGAUGCCAACUUACAGAACUUCUUGGAUAACAUUAAUGUUGCUUCUGUGACUCAGCCACAAAAACUGCCAGCCUGGAAAGCUGGGACAUACAAAGGAAAACCACAAGUUUCCAUUUCUAUCACUGAAAAGGUAAAAUCUAUGCAGUAUGAUAAGCAGGAUGUAGCAGAUACAUGGCAAGUUGUUGGAGCAGUCACUUGCAAGUGUGAUUUGGAAGGAAUCAUGCCAAAUGUUACCAUCAGCUUGAGUCUCCCCACCAAUGGCUCUCCACUUCAAGAUAUUCUUGUUCAUCCUUGUGUGACUUCUCUGGAUUCUGCCAUUCUGACUUCUAAUAGCAUUGAUGUGAUGGAUGAUUCUGCAUUUAGUGGGCCAUACAAAUUUCCGUUCUCUCCACCUUUAGAGUCAUUCAACUUAUGUUACUACACUUCGCAGGUCCCUGUCCCACCAAUUUUGGGUUUUUAUCAAAUCAAAGAAGAAGACAUACAACUAAAAAUAGCAGUUAAUUUAAAACUUCAUGAAAGUGUAAAAAAUAAUUUUGAAUUCUGUGAAGCUCAUAUACCUUUUUACAAUAGAGGCCCAAUUACACAUUUGGAAUACAAAGUUAGUUUUGGCCAGCUUGAGAUCUUUCGAGAGAAAGGCUUAUUGAUCUGGAUUAUUGGCCAAAAGUUUCCAAAGUCAAUGGAAAUUAAUCUUUCUGGAACUGUAACUUUUGGAGCUAAGGGCCAUGACAAACAGCCAUUUGACCAGAUUUGUAUUGGAGGUACAGCAUAUGUAAAGCUUCAUUUCAGGAUCUUAGAUUACACACUCACUGGAUGUUAUGCAGAUCAGCAUUCAGUUCAAGUUUUUGCAUCAGGAAAGCCAAAAAUAAGCACACAUCGGAAACUAAUUUCAUCUGAUUAUUACAUCUGGAAUUCGAAAGCCCCUGCUCCAAUAACGUAUGGAUCAUUGCUACUGUGAUCUUUGUCAUGUUUAAGUAGACUUUAUUGGCCUGGUGUGGUGAUGAGUGCUUGUGGUCCCAGCACUCUGAGAGAGUGAGGUGGGAACACUGCAAGUUCAAGCCCAGCCUGAGAGGCUUAGUGACUGAGCAAGCCCGUCUCGGACUUCAUGUUAGUGUGGUUCAGAAUGCAGAAAGUGUGAUUCCUUCUCGCAUCUUUUAGACUAGUCUUUGGUCAGCACACCACAGUACUCCUGCCUGCACCUGCAGCAGGCAUCACCAGUCAUUCACAGCCUUUCUGAGUGGGAACCCGGGCUUAUUCUCAGUACAGGACUUCAGACAGCCAUUCCAAUGGAUGGUAGCCGAUGUGCAGAGUGUAUCUGCUCUUCCAAAACUGAGUCCUAAACUCCUGGUGCAGUGCUUUGUUACAGAAUACCAGAAACCAAGUAAGAAACAGCUAUAAAGUUUCUUGAGGGGAAAAACAGUUAAUGGAAACAAAGGAAAAUUACUGUAAUAGUAACUUGCUGUUUAACACCUCCAGCCUGUUGACUAAUAAAGAAUCCACAGAAUUCUA